AUGGCAUCAGAUGCCCCAGAAACAAUCGAUACACCCAUCAAGCCAGACACCCAAGGAACGAAACGCAAGCAAGAGUACUCGCGCGGUCACGAGAUAACAUCGCUCACCAUCAAAACCCCACCAUUCGCAUACGCGCACCUAGAGCUCCAGUCCAGCGCCUACGCCGCACCGCCCUCGUCACCAUCCAUAGACGCACUCACCAUCCGCGCACACCUGACGUCGGCCCUAACGCAAUUUCUCGGGCUUUCGGGCUCGGCCAUCUCGGUCGAUGUUUUGAAGAUUGAGGGGCGUGAAUGUUGGGUGCGCGUGCCGAGGGGUGAUUUGGCG